UUAGAUACCCCUUUAGUCUAUUUUUCUUCUCAUAACUCAUAUAAUACCUGAUGUUAAAUGCUAAUUUCAUUAGCACCCUUCCUUGCCAACCAUUCUCCUCCUAAAAAGAAGGGAUUGCUCCUGUCUUGCUUGCUAGUUUAUUGCCUUCUCUCAGCACAUAUUAGACACAAAGUAAUAUAUUAAUAAAUGAAUUGCAUGCAUGUAACAAUUCAUGUCUUCUAAUAGUUUCAGCUGUGAAUUCAACAUGGAGGCAAAUCAGUGCUCCCUGGUGGUGGAACCAUCUUACCCAGACCUGGUCAUCAAUGUAGGAGAAGUGACCCUUGGAGAAGAAAACAGAAACAAGCUGCAGAAAAUUCAGAGAGACCAAGAGAAGGAGAGAGUUUUACAGGCUGCGUGUGCUUUAUUAAACUCAGGAGGAGGAGUGAUUCGGAUGGCCAAGAAGGAUGAGCAUCUCGUGGACAUGGGGCUGGAUUUAGAAACGUCUUUGAGAGAGCUUAUUCAGUCUUCAGAUUUGCAGGCUUUCUUUGAGACCAAGCAACGAGGAAGGCGUUUUUACAUUUUUGUUAAAUCUUGGAGCAGUGGCCUUUUACCUGAAGAUGGCUCUGUCAAGCCCCGCCUUUGCAGCCUCCGUUCUUCAUUACACCGUAGAUCUCGGACAUCUGCACUUCUCAUGAACUCAAGAGAGGCAUUCUGUUUCCUGAAGAAAAAGAAAAAUGAUGCAAAAAUCUUGGAAGAAGGACCUUUUCACAAAGUUCACAAGGGUAUACACCAAGAGCUCCAUAACUCGGAUCCUGCUGACCCAAUUUUCCAAAAAGACUAUCUCGAAUAUGGUGAAAUCCUGCCUUUUCCCGAGUCUCAAUUAGUAGAGUUUAAACAGUUCUCUACAAAACACAUCCAAGAAUACGUAAAAAAGAUAAUUCCAGAAUACAUCUCUGCAUUUGCAAACACUGAUGGAGGCUAUCUUUUUAUUGGAGUGGAUGAUAAGAGUAAGAAAGUUCUGGGAUGUGCAAAAGAAAAUGUUGACCCUGACUCUUUGAGAAGGAAAAUAGUAAAAACAAUACACAAACUACCUUGUGUUCAUUUUUGCCAACCCCAGUGCCAGAUAACCUUCACACUCAAAAUUGUGGAUGUGUUAGCUAGGGGAGAGCUAUAUGGUUAUGCUUGUAUGAUCAGAGUAGAGCCAUUUUGCUGUGCAGUGUUCUCUGAAGCUCCCAAUUCAUGGAUAGUGAAGGACAAGUACGUCUGCAGCCUGACAACUGAGAAAUGGGUAGGCAUGAUGACAGACACAGAUCCAGGUAAGAGGGAGAAAGCUCCUCCCUCCCUGUCCUUUCUACAUCCUUGGGACCUCCCAUAUUAAAUUUUCCUUUGCUGCCUAUGACUUUGAAUAUCUAACAUCCACCAAACACUUUAUUUUGAAUCCCCAAGUAUCCUACUUUUUAUACAUGAGAAAAUUUUGUUGGGUGAUUACAAACCUAACUCACGUGUCUAUAAGUGGCGAUUUUCUACAUUCGUAACUGAACAGAAAAUUAUUUGAGAAUAGCCACCCUUGCAGUGGUGUACUGGAAUGGCUCUUACUGGCUUUAGAAUCAAUUAUUAAAUUUUCAGGAAUUUUUGAGGUAGUUGUUACAUAUAGUU